CUGGUCAUGGGCCAGGGCCAACAUGGGAUGGCCUGUUCCAGGUGAGGCAAGAUGGCACCUUGCUGUUGUACGGUGGUGGAGUUGCAUGCUGAGAAAGAGGAGGCUCAAGGAUGAAGACUAGAUUUGGAGUUUGAGCCACUGGGUGGGUGCAUGGUGUUUCUGAUGAUGGAGAAGAGCUAAGAGGAGAGGGCCCAGGAAACAUUGGGUUCAGUGUUGAGUAUAAGAAGCUAAUUUGAUGACUGGGUAGGCAAGUGGCUAUCCAUACCUAGAGCUUAGUAGAGAUGCCAGGCCUGAGAUGCCAGGCCUGGAAGCUUGGAUCAGGAAGUGGCCACAUCUGUGUAUCCUUCAGUUUUGAGUAUGCUGGGCUUAGAAGGGUGGGUAUGAAUAUCAGGAGGUAGCUAGGGUAUGCUGUGAGGCUACCAGUGUUUACUGCCUAGUAUAUCAACAGAGAACCCAAGUGCACUCCACAGAGGAGGCUCUGUCUUCUGAGCUGCAUUCCCUCCAACUAACUACCAGAGUCUGUUUCCCUCCUGUAAGAUGGGGGCAGAGGGUUUUCUAACCUGCUAGGGUUUGUGUGAGGACUAAAUGAAGUAAAGCUGCCCUUGCCUGAGAGUUAGUACUCAGCACAUGGCCCCUGAGAUGGCAGUGUGGCCCCUGUUCAGCCACCCAGAACAGCUGGCUACCUUGGGCAGAUGAAGGAUCGAAGAGUCGGUGAUCAGUUUGGAUCCAGACACUCAUAUUGUCCAACAUACACUGUUCAGUGUGUGCACCCCCAUCCUUCCAAUAACAGACUGUCCCAAACAGCUGAUGGGAGUUGGAGGCUCACCAUUCCAGUUUCCUUGCUCCUGAUGCAUGCCUGAGUUAUGCUCUACUUCCAAGGCUCCUAGGACCACUGAGUCUCUUAUUUCUUGCAUUAACUCCUCAUGGCUGUCUUCCCACCACCAGCUGCCUCCCAUAUGCCUCCUACAGGAGAAUCCCCAUCACCCACCCCACCCCCAAUAAUCUUCCACUCCUUGUAUCAAGUCAGCCUCUGGAGCUCUAUGUUUCUGUGCCUGGGAGGCAAGGUAGGCUGGGGAUAAUAGAUUUGAUGCAUGAGUGAGCUGGUGUAGGGGGCGAUGAGCAGUGUGGUUCUGACUUCAUGGGCAAAUUGAUGGCCUUCCUUUCUGCCUCCUACAGCUUAGCUACUGAGAAGAUGGUGGACCAUUUGGCAAACACAGAGAUCAACAGCCAGCGGAUCGCAGCAGUGGAGAGCUGUUUUGGGGCAUCAGGGCAGCCGCUGGCCCUGCCUGGCCGUGUGCUCCUGGGCGAGGGGGUGCUGACCAAAGAGUGCCGAAAGAAGGCCAAGCCACGCAUCUUCUUCCUCUUCAAUGACAUCCUGGUGUAUGGCAGUAUUGUGCUUAGCAAGCGCAAGUACCGCAGCCAGCAUAUUAUUCCCCUGGAAGAGGUAACAUUGGAGCCACUGCCAGGGACCCCACAGGCCAAGAACCGCUGGAUGAUCAAGACAGCCAAGAAGUCCUUUGUGGUGUCCGCAGCCUCUACCACGGAGCGCCAGGAAUGGAUUAGCCACAUUGAAGAGUGUGUGCGGAGGCAGUUGCUGGCCACAGGCCGCCAGCCCACCACUGAGCAUGCAGCACCCUGGAUCCCUGACAAGGCCACGGACAUCUGCAUGCGUUGCACACAGACACGCUUCUCGGCACUUACCCGGCGUCACCACUGCCGAAAAUGUGGGUUUGUGGUCUGUGCUGAGUGUUCCAAGGAGCGUUUUCUGCUGCCACGUCUCUCCCCCAAACCCCUUCGUGUCUGCAGCCUCUGCUACCAUGAGCUGGCCGCCCAAAAGCGAAGGGAGGAGGCCAAGGAGAGGUACAGGGACUCUCCAGGGCAGCCAACCCACCUAGGCGGUGCUGUCUGUGGUGCAUCCAGUGGUGAUGAUGAUGACUCCGAUGAGGACAGAGAAGGCAGUGGAGAUGGUGACUGGCCCAGCCAGGUGGAAUUCUAUGCUUCUGAUGUCUCCUGGUCAGCCUUCCACAGUUGACCCUCACCUUCAGAGUGUCUGCAUCAAGCCAGUCCACUGCCCACAGCCCCAAGAGUGCAGGUCCUGAACUGUCUGAUUUUGCUAGGACCCAAGCCCAUGGUAGUAGGCAUAUGACAGGUAGCUGUUCCGGAGCUAUUAAUAGUGCCUUUCUGCUAGACAGCAGCAUCCUAGGCCUUCUUCUACUUCUGGUCAGAUAAUUGCCUUUCCAUUUCACAAGGCCCAGAACAUAAAGUCCUUGGUGACCAGGCUACUACAGCCCUUGGGGUUAGACCAGGCCAGGUGUCCCAAGCAUUAAAAGACCAGGGUGGAAGAGGGCAAAGGGAAGACCAGACCAGAGUGGAGGUCCACUCCACUCUGAAGCUUGAGCUUCAGACCCCAUUCCCACCUCCACCCCUUAACAGGCACAGCCCAUGCCAGCACAGAAGGCCUGCACACCCACCACCAUGCAGAUAUCACCACCUGACCACUGGCUGAGUCCUUGCCAAGCUAGACCCCAGAUGCACUGUGUGUGCCUUUGGGCCCAGGUGAGCUGCAGCCUGUGCCCCCCCCCACCCAGAGCAGCCCAUCAAGGUCUCUGCCCUGUCACCACCCUCCAAAUAUCUGGUGCCUGUCCUGUCCCCAUCUCUAUCUGCAGUCAGUAGAAGCAAUGUUUUCCCUUAGGACUCUGGAUUUCAAGGACAGAAACCCUAUCCAGACUGACUUACCAAUAAAACAACAACAACAAAAAACUCUUGAUUGCUAAGUCUAAGAAUACCCCAGCUUCAGACACUACUCAAUCAGUGGUAGGAGCCACGGGUAGGGACAGCCAUCACUGAUACUGCCACACUGGGCAUUCCUGGAAAUGCCUCCCACCCAGUAAGACAUUCAUGCCACACUGUGGCUGGCUCCCCAAGAACAAAGCCCCAUUCUGCUGCUUUGAUAGCCAGCCUGCCUGCCUGCCUUCUUUCCUUUUCCUUUGAGACAGGGACUUGUUACAAAGGGCUGAUACAAACUUGAGAUCCUCUGGCCUCAACUUCCCCAGUGCUGAAAUUACAGGCAUAUACCACUAUACCCAGCUUAUUGGUGUGGGCUGUCUAAAUGGGUGGUAAAGGAAAAUAGGUGUUUGUCUGGCUCAGCCUGAUCCUUCUGGGGUAAAAAGACUCCUGUGUAGUCUCUGCUCAGCCCCUGCAGAUGGUGUCUAUGAUUUGGGGAGCAAGCCACUAGCUUUGCGUGUAGACUAGAAAGUUUCAGGGCCCUUCAGAAGCCUUCUUUAAAGCUGUUCACGGAGUCCAUGCCUGUAAUCCCAAGAUUGUGAGUCUGAAGCCAGCCCUAGCUAGAUAAAAACCCUGUCUUGAAAAACCAUGCUUUCUGCAGGUAUUUAUCAGUCUUUGCCCAGUACCUGGCUGUCCUUGAAUGGAGCCCCUGUGUAUAGAGUGGGGUCAUUGUCAGGUGCAUGUGGGACUUUGGUGCUAAGAAAACUUCCCUUCAACUCUAAUAUAGUGAACCCCUAUUAUCAGGGAUCUCCAUGCCCCCAAUAUAAUGUUGUCUUCCAUGUCUAUAUUCUGGUUCUGUAGGUUGGGUCCAGGCCCCAAAGUCUACAGUUGACAGACAUGUGGUCGGUCACCCUCUAAAGAGUGCUGUAGAAUAUGGAGCACCCAGGAGCUGCCUGUGACCCUUCCUGUACUGGCAGUGACAGGCUGGGGAGGAUUGGGAUGUGUUUGUUUGCAGCCCCUUUCACUUGGUGGCCUCUGUCAGCACACAGACUGGUUCAGGCUGCUUCUCCUGUUUGGGCCCAGGACCAGGCAGGUUCCUAGGUGAGGAGUGGCUUCCUGAACCUAGAUCUAGUGUCUUUUCAGCAGUCCAGACCAGGUAGUCCCAUCCUUUCCACCCAUGGCUGGUGACUCACAAACCUCACUCCCUUGGAACCUUCCUUUCCUAGAAACCUUCAGGGUGUAAAAGGCAGCAGCAGUUCCUGUGGACAGAAGGAACUGCCUGAGGCUGAGCCUGGGUCUAGCCACUGUCCUUAUCGCCUGACAAAAUGAGCAUGGUGCAGGAAUCUGGGUGGUUGGGGCAGGCUGUGGAGGACCAUGUGGCACUGGUAAGUAGAGACAGGAGCUGACUCAUCCCUCACUCAGCCUAGGGCUCAGACCUAGGACAAGGAUGUUACUUCCCUAAGCCCCAACAUGUCAGAGACCACAAGGGCCCAAGGUUGUCAACAACCUUGGGAAGGUGUUCAUUUAUUCAAAGCUACUGAGAUUUGCUGUGUUCCCUGCCAGAUGCUGGGGACACUGCUGUGAAUAAGAUGGACUUGGCUCUCAGUUUUGAGAGGGGAAACUACAUUCUCGCAGGUGGGCUGAGGCUGGUACUAGGUGCAUAGAGGCACACCCCGGGUGAAGAGAGUGAGCCGUGCCAGUGGAGAAACAACCCUCCAGGUAUUGGCAAUGACUUGUGUCAAGGCCCUGAAGAGGAAGGGGUCCAUGUCCUGGAGAAACAUGAUGAGGUCAAGGCCAAAUGACAAUAGACCCCCCCAGGACCACAGAGGCUUGUACAGGCAGCAAUCUGUUCUCUGCUCUGAUGACUUUGUUCUGACUUGUCAGCAGAUGGUUGGAGUGUGGGGAGGUAGGCAGGCAUGGGGACUGUGUGCACAGAAGCUAGCUUGGGAUUUCCAAGGGGGAAUCUAAGAAAAGUCCAUCCUCUGCUCUUUCUGCCUAUGAUGGUAGGCAGGAAGCUUCCAUGGCCUUCCUUCUGUCCCUGACUCUUUUCUACUGAUAUACUGAGGGAACUCCCAGGAGCCAAAUGACUGUGGGACCCCUGUGCAAGACCAAGUGAUACCCAGUAUCCCCCAACUGCUGAAGCUUUUGUUAGAGGGGAACAGACUGCAGGAAUGAAAGCCUUGAAAUAAGAUGUGUAAGAAACAAAAGUGGGGGCUGGAGAGAUGGCUCAGAGCUUAAGAGCACUUGCUGUUCUUCCAAAGGUCCUGAGUUCAAUUCCCAGCAACCACAUGGUAGCUGAAAACCAUCUGUAAUGAGAUCUGGUUUCCUCUUUGGGCCUGCAGGGAUACAUGCAGGCAGAACACUGUAUACAUAAUAAAUAAAUAAAUCUUUAAAAAAGAAAAAGAAAAUGGUGAGGAUGUUUGGAAGAGGAAACCUGUGCCCUAAUGUAAUAGUGCAGUCACUAUUGAAGGCGUUGUGCAGGCCCCCCAGCAAACAAAACAGAACUGGGGAUGACCCAGUUCAAUCUGGGUAGUCAGCAUACACUCGGGUACCACUUGGGUACCUAGCAGUACUCACAACAGUCAAUAUGGCACUAACCUAGGUGUCUAUCAGCACAUGAACAGAUAAAGAAAAUGUAACAUACACUGGAGAUUUAUUCAGACACCAAAGAGAAGGAAAUUGUGUCAUUUGUGGAGAAAUAGAUGGAACUAGAGAUGGCCAUGUUAAAUCAAACAAGCCAGACUCAAAGAUCACAUGCUUUCUCUCAUAGGCAGUGUCUAAUUUAAAAAAAAAAAAAAAUGUGAAAGUAUAAGGGUAUGAUUUAAGAAAAGGGAGGGGACUAGUGAGGGAGCAAGAGAGAGAAAUGGGGUGAAUAUGAUCAAAGUGUUUGAUAAAUAUGUGUAAAUGUAACAAAACAA